GUUGUAGGCGGAAAGUCUGCUCAAUGCGUUACGAGAAAAGUAUUGUGUAAGCCUGAUAUCGUCUCUGGAGAAUAUUGGUAGUUACAGUUCAUGAUUUAACAGUAUGGAAGACAAAAAUAAGGUGUGCACUUCCAAUACACCAUCAUCAUCAUCAUCAUCAUCUGAAAAGAAGAGGAAACAUAAACACAGAAAUAAUCAUUCUAAAGUAGUUACUUCAACUCCAGUGAAUGAAGGUCCAUAUCGCCCAAAUAUUUCAUCUGUCACACGAGAGUCAAGUACUUUCCUAUCAAUAAAUGAACGCUUGUCAGGUAUACUGGAUAAAAUAUCUUCAUUAGAAGAUAAAUGGAGUACAAACUUCCGUCAAUCUUGUAUCGUAUUUACAAAUUUGGCUACACAUAUAUGGAAAAUAUUGACAGAUUCCUUAUCUACGGACAAUAUUGACGAUUGUAUCACAUACACACUUUGUGAUCUGUAUUUAAGUGAUAAUAAAGAAACAAUGAAGAAAUUGCGUACGGGUCUAAUAUUGGAAACAGACUAUGACAAGUUAGCUGAACAUGUUAAAAAUAUGGAAGAUUGCUGCACACAACUAAAAUUACUGACGAGUCAAUUUGAUGCACUAAGUAAACUGGAUCAAAAUGAAUCACUUCACCGAUAUAGCACCACCGGUUGUUAUUCAAGAAAUAAUAAUUCUUCAUUUAGCACACGGAAAUGUUCAACACCAGGUGGUGGUGAUGACGAUAUUUCAUCCUGUAUGCAAUCUCAACAGUCUAAUCAACUAUUCUCAUGGAAAUCAUUCUCUAUGGAACUGAUAGGAUUAGUCAAUCAAAUUGAACGUGAUUUAACGAUAAGAAGACAUUUGAUAAAAAUUAUAUUGCCUCGUGCUUUGCAUACUCGAGACAGUCGUCGUCGUCGUAGUGGUGGGGGUGGUGGUGGUGAUCCUGGUGAAAAUGAUGAUCUGCUAAAAUUGAUAUCAAUUUGGCGCCAUUUUGGACAAUAUGUUCAAUGGUCAUCUGUCCUAUCAAUGUCUGAACAUAUUUUGAAGAUACUCUCUUCAGAAACGAGUUGACAGAGGCUAUCUAAUCUUAAAAAAAGCAGAAUAUGUACAUAUAUUUUCAUAUAUACUUUGUUUUUUAAUUAGUAUGGGGACAGGCUACUGAGCUGUAAAGUUAAAAAUAGGAGUAACAAGAUAUAUAUAUAUAUUUACAAAAACAUUCAUCAAAGGUAUUGAAGAGUAUAUAGGAAUAUUUAUAAAUUCCACCGUAUUUCUUCUGAGUACAUGAGAUUCUUGCAUUUGUGGAUGGCCUCAAUCUUCUGGAAUCGGUAGAGAAUUACUUUUAGCUCACUUGUAUGAAUAUAAAGACUCAUUUUUGACAAAUACACAGGCAGCGCUGCAUAAACUACUGACAUUUUGAAUGCAACCUUACAAACGAAAAUAUGUAGCUGAAAUGAUGACACUACAUUCACUGGCUGUAUAUUUGAUGUAUGGAUAGAUAUCCUUUUGUAUUGCAAUGCUAACUAACAUCAAUAGGAUAUCUAAUGUCUAUACCAUGUGUGCUUGAUAAGAC